CCCCGAGACGGCCCCGAACCGGCCGGGUGAGGUCGGGGCGACGCGGCUGUGGGUGUCUGACCUCUGGCUGAGGCUGCCUGGGUUUAAGAAGGCUAAAGCUUCACUCGAACUGUGACUAGAAUGGACAGUUACUUUAAAGCUGCAGUCUGUGACUUGGACAAACUGCUUGAUGAAUUUGAGCGGAAUACAGAUGAAUGUGAGUGCUUCAGAACACCUCAAAAUCCAUAUGACUCAAAGCUUUCUUCAGUCCUGGAUUGCUUGGAGCAUGCAGACCCCAGAGCAGGGCAGCCAGAGGAUCCUGCCAGAUGUCCUGCCCCAGAGCAGAGCUCUCUCUGUGCCCCUGCAGACACAGGCGACGUGCUCAGUUACUCCCCACCCAGAGAGAAGGGUGUGGCUGGACCUGACCUUUUGUCCACUGUGGACAGUGGUCCCCUCAGUGAAACUCAGGCUUUGAAGCUGGGGAGGUGCAGCAUUCCUGUGUGUGAUCUUGUUAGUGACACAGCAAAUUUAAAGCACUCGGUGGCUGCUGCUGAGGGGCCUCAGAAGCUGCAGCCGGAUCACCUCCAGUGCAGCCAGGCUGGCUGUGGUGUGUCCUGUGUCCCUGUUCCUGCUUGUGUGACAUCACCUGGCUGCUCUGGGGCUGCCAGCACGAAGCACAGUGAUGGGGACUCGGUGCUACAAGAUGCAGGGCAUCUUACAGCAGAGCAAAGUAAUAAUUUGGCUUUAAAAUCAGAGAGUUAUGCUGCAGGAGCAGUCCUGGAUCUGUGUGAUGAUCAACACAGGACAGAACCUGUGAAGUGCAAUGAAAUACUCGACCAUCCUGAACAAACUGCUGCCCUGGAUACUGAAUGUGUCACUGUAGCACCACAGAGUUGGAGUGCACACAGUCCCAAAGACGAGAAAGCCUGUGAAAAACUGCCUUUUACACCACAAGACGACAGUGCACGCUCUGCAGCAAGCACAGAAGUGUGUGGAGGAAACGCCAUAGGAAAGGUAGACCCAAACCAUGAGAGUAAUGCUGAUUCCAUGCCUUCAGAUCUGCCAAAGAGGCACCUCUUGCACAGCAGCAAUGCAGCAUCGCCUGGAAAUGGUGUCUUACCAGGCUCCUCGUGUCAGAUAGGAGCUGAAGCGGAAUUGGAAAAGAGAGGCGCAGAAGAUAAUGUAGAUAGUGAAGAACUUAAUAGCCGUGAGAGAGUAAGCAGCAGUGAGAUAGUAAGCAGUGUUUCCAGUUCGUGUAUGUCAGCUGAGGAUGUCCAGACAUCUCUGUCUUGUCUUUCCCUUCCUGUGUCCAUGUGUGGUUCAUUAGUUGCAACAGAAGAAAAGGUUAAUCCUCUACCUCAGAAUGCAGUGGCCGAGGUUAUUAGUGAUACUGUAGCUAUUCAUGCUGGAGAGCCUAAAGCUCAUCUCCCUGGCCGGGAAUCCUGUGAAAGUACUAGCUGGCGUGAGCAGGAAGAUUUAGCUGAAAUCAGUGAAAGCAUUGCAGAAAAAGGUAGCGAUGGAGAGAAGUACAGUACUGAGAAUGUAACUGAUGAUGGUGAUUCUCAGCAAAUCAAAGGUUUUGCUUCUGCUUUUCUAGACCUUGGAGCUGAGCCGUACAGUGUUGGUGUAGACACUUUUUAUGAUGAGAGCAUGAGCUCUGUUAUGGCUGACUUUACUGUUGAGGAGAAUGUUAUUAAAAGUGAUAUUCUAAUAAGCGACGCUGAGCUUGAUGAUUUCUUGUAUGGACAAAGUCUGCAGUCCAGUGUGUUGAAGUCCUCAGACAGUGAUGGUAACUUGAUGGAAGCUGAUGCAGAUGGUGGGGAUUUAACAGAUCUGAACAACCUGGUUUUCACAGAGAUCAGUGAAGAACUUGUGCAAACAAAACUGGAGGAGAUAACGAGCAUUAAUAGUAACCUUAAAGCAUCUGUUCCUGACAAUGAAGUGGAAGCUGCAGCAAAAGUCAGCAUGUCUCAUGGUCAGGGCGUGACUGAGAGUGGCAGUGGAGCUCUGGCUUCUGAUGUUUGUAUUAAAGGUGCAAGACCAAAGCAGUUGCUUGACCUUUCCCAAGGAGCUGCUGGUCAGAAACAACUGAAUAGAACAAGUGAACCUGAAAGAGAAAACCAGGAAUCUGGUUCUGUAACUGCAGAAGCUCCCCUCUCAGGCAUCAGUGUAAAUGCUGGUAAUAAUUAUGACCCUGGGGAAAGCAGCUGUGAAGCUGGAGGAAAUCAAACAUCUGAAAGCGCGGAAUCACGUAGAACUCCUCCAGCUCUGUCGUGGAAACAGCCCCUGUGGGUCCCGGACUCUGAGGCACCCAACUGCAUGAACUGCCAGGCCAAGUUCACCUUCACCAAGAGACGACACCACUGCCGAGCCUGUGGCAAGGUUUUUUGUGGUAGCUGUUGCAAACGAAAAUGCAAACUGCAAUACAUGGAGAAAGAAGCAAGAGUCUGCACUGGCUGUUAUGAUGAUAUUAAUAAAGCACAGGCAUUUGAAAGGAUGAUGAGUCCAACUGGUCCUGUCCCCAAUUCCAGUGUCUCCUCUGAGCAUUCUUCUGCUGUUCCACCUGUGGAGGAAGGCCAGGUGCCAGCUGGUGCCAGCUCUCCUUCACCAUCUGCACUGUUGCCUACCUCAGCCCUUAAACAGCCUGGUCCUGAAGGGCUGUGCCCCAGAGAGCAGAAGAGGGUUUGGUUUGCAGAUGGCAUUUUGCCCAACGGGGAGGUGGCAGACACAGCAAAGCUGUCCUCAGGAGCCAAGAGGUCGCAGGACUGCAGCCCCGUGACCCCGGAGCUGCCGCAGACGCCCACGGCUGCAAACCCAGAGGAAGAUGACCUGAUAACUGAUGUAAAUCAAAAACUGAAGGAAGAAAUAGAUAAGAUUCCAAGAAUGGAGGAAUUACAUCCUUCUGUUCCUUCAGAUAGCACACAGCAAGCCACUCCAGGCCAGAGUGAGGUGACACCUGGUUACAAAUCUGGAGGUGAAGAGUGUUCCCCUGCAGCAGCUGAGGAGAGCAGUCCCAGUUCAGUGGAGCAGAGCACACAGGGUGUGCCUGUCACUGCUUCAAGUUACAGAGCACUGUGUGGGGUAGAAAACUGGGUGCCACGAGAGAUUAGCCUUCUUCCUGAUGGUGAUCAGCUGCCACCACUUCUGCUUGCCCUGGGUGAAAGAGGGAAAGAUAUUCUGGUGGAGGAACAUCCAUUUCACCAAAAGGUCACCUUGCUGCUUGGGGAAGGAGGUCCUAACCCAUUGACUUUUAUUCUAAAUGCAAACUUGCUUGUCAAUGUGAAGCUAAUAACAUAUUCCUCAGAAAAGUGCUGGUGCUUCUCAACAAAUGGACUGCAUGGUUUGGGUCAGGCAGAAAUUGUCAUUCUGUUGCAGCGUUUGCCAGAUGAAGAUGUUUUCCCUAGUGAAAUAUUCAAAUUAUUUCUUGACAUCUAUAAAGAUGCAAUGAAAGGAAGGUUCAUAAAAAAUAUGGAGAACAUUACUUUUACAGAAAACUUUCUCAGCAACAAAGAGCAUGGAGGAUUCCUGUUUGUUUCACCAACUUUUCAGAAACUUGAUGAUCAGAUUCUACCAGAUAAGCCUUUUCUUUAUGGCAUUCUUAUCCAUAAGCUGGAAAUACCCUGGGCAAAAGUGUUUCCAAUCCGUUUGAUGCUGAGACUGGGAGCAGAAUAUGGGGCCUGUCCAACUCCUGUGGUAAGUGUCAGGCACCGGAAGCCGCUCUUUGGAGACAUUGGACACACGAUUAUGAAUCUACUUGUUGACCUUAGAAAUUACCAGUAUACAUUGCAUACCAUAGACAACCUGUUUGUUCAUGUGGAAAUGGGUAGAAGCUGUAUUAAAAUACCUCUAAGGAGGUAUAAUGAGGUGAUGAGGGUGAUCAAUUCCUCUAAUGAAUAUGUAAUUAGCAUUGGAGCAAGUUUCAACACCGAAGCAGAUUCUCACCUGGUGUGUGUGCAGAACAAGCAGGGCCUCUAUCACACACAGGCUAUCAGUGCCACAGGACAGCCCAGGAAAGUUACAGGUGCAAGUUUUGUGGUGUUUAAUGGAGCCUUAAAAACAUCUUCAGGAUUUUUAGCUAAAUCCAGUAUAGUUGAAGAUGGACUUAUGGUACAAAUAACACGAGAAACAAUGGAAAGCCUACGUCAGGCAUUAAGAGACAAGAAGGACUUCAAAAUAACCUGUGGAAAAAUGGAUGCAGGGGAUGUGAAAGAAUAUGUAGAUAUUUGCUGGGUAGAAAAUGAAGAGAAAACAAACCAAGGAAUUUUAAGCCCAGUUGAUGGAAAAUCAAUGGAAGGAACUCAGAGUGAAAAAGCACCACAAUACAGAGACUUCGAAAGAGAUGGAAAAGUUAUGAAGUGCACUGAGGUUUACUAUUUUGUAAAGGAUCAUGAACUACCCGGUGCUGUUGCCCACCAGUUUGCAAAAGAGAUUGCCAUUGCCUGCAGCACUGCUCUUUGCCCUCACCUUAAAACCUUGAAAAACAACGGGAUGAAUAAGAUAGGACUCAGAGUUUCCAUUGACUCAGACAUGGUUGAAUACUUAGCAGGAUCUGGAGGGUACCUUCUUCCACAGAACUACCUGAAUGACUUGGACAGUGCUCUGAUUCCUGUGAUUCACGGUGGAAUGUCAGACCCUGCAGCUCUACCACUGAAAAUGGAAUUAGUAUUUUUCAUUAUAGAACACCUGCUUUGAUGAAGCUGAUUUCAUGCAUAUACUGAUUUGCUAGAUCAGAACACCAAAGUUGUAAUGCUACAAACACUAAAAAUGUUAAAGUUUCUAAACCUGUUAUGUUUUAAUAGCUUUUCAAACAGUUGUUUUUUUUUUUAAAGCCCCUCAGAUCCUCUCUGGUUCCUCUGCCACAAAACAGUUGUAGUUUAUGUCAUGAAGUUCUGAAAGUUUACAUACAGGUGCAGGAGAGUGCAGGUUUUGUUACUCCUCACACAGUUGUAGCACUUGGUAGGUGUGGUGUAACUCCAAGUCAUAGGAUCUUGCCUCUUACCCUCACGGUAGUGUGUUACUAAAGUUGCUGGGGUUCUGUGAUCUCUGCAGCUGCUUCCCCCUGCAAGAGCUGAGCACUGGAGCAGGGCUGGCCCAAAGCUGAUGCCUUUCCACAGGAGGCUCAGAGGCCAGACCUGGAGCCCCGUGUGCCAGGGCAGCUCUGGAAGCGCAGGGGGAGCGCGGUGGGUGUGUGGACAAACACUUCACUGAGGUCUUUAACCUGGGGAUGUGAUGCUGGUGCUUCAGGAACAUAUGCUCUCAAUUAAUGUUUUAUAGAGUAACUGUUUUCUUUCUUGUAUUUAUAAGGAUUUAUCUAACUUAAAUGGAUGCUAUUUUUAUAAUAAGUGCUUUUUCUUUACUCUCUGUUCAGAAUUCCAUAUACAAUUUGACCUUUCAAGGAUUAGGAAAAAACAGAUUACCCUUCAUAUGUAGUCUACAUGUAGCAAUAAGACAAGAAUUCUGCAGUAUUUUUUCUGCUCCUGUCUACUCCUUUUGUCACAUUUUAGUAGCCACCUUUGCUUUCAGGGAGAACAGAUGUAUUAAGUCUGAAUUUUCAUGAGCAGGUUGAUUCUAGUGGAAGGUGUCCCUGCCUGUGGCAGGUGGGGUUGGAACUCUUCAAGGUCCCUUCCGACCCAAACUGUUCUGGGAUUUUUAGUAUACCUGAGGUUCUUGCAUAGGAUGUAUUUUUGAUACUGGGUCAUUUAGAUCUAUUUAUGUAUUUGUGAUGCAUGUGAUUUGUACUGAGGUGUUGAACUGCAGUUGGGAUUUGAUAGCAGCCACACAACUGCUUGUCGAGAACAGAACCAAAACUAAAUAUAUACAAGAUCUAUAUUGUUUUCAGUAAAAAUGCUGGUACCAUUUUAUAAUGAGAGUAUUAAAACUUGGAUGCCUUCUUGAUGCUAAUAGGGGAUAUUUUAUGUUUUUGUAUCAAAAACAAUUUGUAAUUUAACCUAAUCUGCUCUGCUGUUAUCUGUGCUUUAACACUCCAGUCCUAGAAGGGUUCAUGCGUUGAGAUCUUACCCUGGAUGGAACUGAGCUGCAUUUCAGGUUCUCCUGAGAGAAGCUGCUGUGCUGACUUCUUCUGAGAAGCUGCCGUUAGAAGAAGGGCUGAACGCACGCACAGUACAAACAAAACGUGUCCUUGUUGAAAACAAGCUGCACCCAGGCCCUCGAGGGAGCCCAGCAAGAGGCUGAACAGUGUUUUGGGUCUGUGACAGGGCCAGGGCACCUGAAGGAGCAGCUGCCUCUUGGCACUUAACCUCUACUAACUCCUUUUCAGUAAUGAUCAAUAAAGUUAACUACCAGUG